GAUAUUCGAAUUGACGAAUCGAGAUAUUUGCAUUAAUACUCCUGUUAUGAGUAGUUCAGAUGAUGUAGACCCAAGUUGGGUUUCGUGGUUUUGCGGUCUUCGUGGUAAUGAGUUCUUCUGUGAGGUUGAUGAUGAUUAUCUUCUGGAUAAGUUCAACCUGACUGGUCUAUCCGAGCAAGUACCACAUUUCAGUCAUGCCUACGACAUGAUCUUGGACUUUGAACCAGGCACGUGUUUGUCGCAAAUAAUUGCGAAAUUUUUGUCUGGUUAUGGUUCAUGUGUAUUGCACUUAUACGUUCAAAUCUGUAGAGUCAUUAUUGGAUUUAUUUUUACAGAUGCUGAAUUGAACACAACCGAUUGUAACGCUGAAUUGGUGGAGCAGGCUGCGGCAAUGUUGUACGGGCUGAUUCAUGCUCGCUACAUACUCACCAAUCGAGGCAUCGAGCAGAUGAUCGAGAAAUGGCUAGCCGGGGAUUUUGGCCGCUGUCCGACAGUGUUUUGCGACUCACAGGAUCUUCUACCGAUUGGAAUGUUGGAUAUCUCCGGUGAGGCAAUUGUGAAUUUGUACUCCCGAAAUUUUGUACGGCUUCAAAAUUCACGCAUCAGCGUACGCAGUUCAACACUCUUCAAUGAAGAUUUGAAGAAUCUCAUAAGGUGA